ACUAUCACCAGAAAAAAAAUUCUAAGGAGGCUGCUCAUUAAUUUUACGAAAAGACUCAAGAGAGAGCACAUCUAUCGGUGUACAGAUUAUAUCAUUAGCCUGGGGAGCGCGGAGGGAUCACGUUCGAAUGCCUUUCUGGCGAAAGAAGUCCGUCCGCUAACUUCAGCACGGAAAAGUUUGCAGGUCCGUGCAGAAGGCAAGAGCCUGGGUUUGGGGUAAAGCCCCCCCGGUACUGAAUAAAUCCGAGGGGCUUGAAGAAUGAAGCCGGGACAUUCGCUAAGUUUACCCAGCCUUGCUAUCCUAGGCUUAUUGCUGGUGCACCUGGUGCAGAAUGCAGAAUCUGCGGCUUGUCAAGGGUGUUCAUCUACAUCAAAAUGUGACUGCAGCGGAGUCAAGGGGGAAAAGGGGGAAAGGGGGCUUCCAGGAUUAGAAGGACAGCUUGGUUUACCUGGAUUUCCAGGACCUGAAGGACCACCUGGCCCUCGUGGCUCCAAGGGAGACGAUGGACUUCAAGGACCAAUUGGACCCAAAGGAAUUAGAGGACCUCCAGGGCUUCCUGGAUUUCCCGGGACGCCUGGCCUGCCUGGCUUACCUGGCCAAGAUGGAGCCCCUGGACCCGCUGGCAUCCCAGGAUGCAAUGGGACAAAGGGUGAACGUGGUUUUCCCGGGAUUGCAGGUUUUCCAGGCCCUUCAGGUCCCAUGGGUCCGCCUGGAUUGCCGGGUUUAAAAGGCGAGCCUGGUGAGGUGAUUUCGUUACCACAGACAGGACAGAAAGGUGACCCAGGAUCACCAGGCCUUCCGGGUUUACCUGGUCUGCUGGGUCCUCCGGGAGUUCAGGGUCCUAUCGGUCGUCCAGGUCCAGCAGGUUUCCCGGGACCUCCAGGGCCACCUGGACCUCCAGGACUCAAGGGGAAUAUGGGGUUAAACUUCCAAGGAUUGAAAGGAGACAAGGGCGACAUGGGUCUUCAGGGACCACCAGGACCACCAGGGCCAAAUGAACAGCAGAAACCACCUGAUGUACAAGUGCAGAAAGGAGAAAAGGGUUCACUUGGGCCCCAAGGUUAUCCAGGAGACCGUGGAUUCCCAGGACCUCCGGGUCCUCCCGGAGGACAAAAAGGAGGGAAAGGAGAACCAGGGGAACCAGGAAAAAUUGGAAAACCUGGAAAAGAUGGAAAGGCCGGGAUUCCCGGCUCUAAUGGUCUUCCUGGAGAGUCUGGGCUACCUGGGAAUCCUGGCCGAGAAGGCGAGAGGGGGCAAAAAGGUGACCGUGGGUUCCCUGGACCUCCUGGAGAAGUGAUUACUAGACCAGGCAUUGGUAAAAUUGGACCAAAAGGAAACUCUGGGUUUCCAGGAACUCCCGGGAUAAAAGGUGAACGAGGUUUUCCAGGCCUCCAAGGCCCACCUGGUUUACCUGGACUACCAGGUACUGCCAUUCCAGGCCCCUCAGGAGACCCAGGCCUUCCAGGAGAAAGAGGGCAGAAGGGAGAUGAAGGUUCACCAGGUAUAUCCAUACCCGGCAGACAAGGGCAAGAUGGCCGCCCAGGAGCCACUGGACCCCCAGGACCCCCUGGCCCUCCAGGUGGACUAUGCGAGCCAGGUCCUCCCGGUCUCCCAGGGCUUCCAGGUGAUCCAGGAUUUUUAGGAGAGAGGGGGCAGAAAGGUGACAAAGGAGAUACUUGCUACAACUGUAUAGGAAACGGCAUUCGAGGGCUACCAGGUGAUCCCGGUUUACCAGGUCCUCCUGGAAGUCCAGGAUUGUCUGGAUUUCCUGGGACAAAGGGAGAAUCAGGCCUUCCAGGUCCACAGGGACCACCAGGACAGCCAGGUUUUCCUGGUAGUCCUGGUAGUCUUGGUAGACCAGGUCCAAAGGGAGAUCCUGGAGAUGUGAUUGGCCUACCCGGACUCAAAGGAGAAAAAGGUGAUACUGGAUUCCCAGGUCCGGCAGGGUCACCUGGCCUGGAUGGACUUCCUGGAAGAAAUGGCAGCCCUGGUCUUCCAGGACUCAAGGGAGAGCCGGGUGGUGCUGCCUUUAAAGGUGAACGUGGUCUCCCUGGAGAUGCGGGUCUACCAGGGCUCCCAGGUGACAGGGGACCAAUGGGUCCUCCUGGAUUUGGUCCUGCAGGUCCUCCCGGUGAGAAAGGUGUACAAGGUGUCUCUGGUCGUCCAGGAGCUCCUGGAGUUCCAGGUCCUAAAGGAUCUGCUGGUCAAACCGUAACCGAACCAGGUCUUCCUGGCCCUCCAGGUAUUCCAGGUAUUCCAGGAGAUACAGGAAUGCCAGGUGAACCUGGUCAGCCUGGCCAGCCUGGACUCCCAGGUUUUCCAGGAUCGAAAGGAGAUCCAGGCAUUCCAGGAAUUGGACUUCCUGGCCCAGUUGGUGGAAAAGGUUUUCCCGGAAAUCCUGGACCACCAGGACCACCAGGCUCGUCAGGAAGACCUGGCUCAGAUGGGACACCUGGGCAGCCUGGUUUACCAGGACCAAAGGGUGACCCAGGAUUUGGUUUACCUGGGCUUCAGGGCCCCCCUGGUUCUCCUGGCUUGAAAGGAUCACAAGGACCAAAAGGAGACCCUGGCUUCCCAGGGACCCCGGGAAGUCCUGGGAGAACAGGUUUCGAUGGAUCUCCAGGACCAAAAGGGGAUCCUGGACAAAAUGGGCUUCCUGGAUCUCCUGGAGCUCCAGGGGUACCUGGAAUAGGAGGCCAGGGUCCACCAGGUCCUCCAGGCCUUCCUGGACCCGCUGGACCACCAGGAAUAGCAGGCAUACAAGGUGAGAAGGGAGAUCAUGGUCCUCCAGGAUUUGAUACUCCUGGGCCUCCAGGAGAUCGAGGUAGUCCUGGAUUUCCUGGAGAAAGAGGAUUUAACGGUCCACCAGGGCCACCAGGCACCCAAGGUCGUGAUGGGGUACCAGGCUUUCCAGGUGCUAAAGGUGAAAUGGGAGUAAUGGGACCACCAGGGCCAGCCGGAACCCCUGGAAACCCUGGAAGUCCUGGUUUUCCUGGUCCUAAAGGCAAUGAUGGAUUUCCUGGCCAGUCCGGUUCUAAUGGAGCUCCUGGCUUCAAAGGUGACAAAGGAAGUGCCGGAAUUCCAGGUCCUCCUGGAAGUAUUGAGGGCCCUGGCGGUCUGGGAUCUAAAGGAAGUAAAGGAGAACCAGGUCAACCUGGAUUAAAUGGCGAAAAGGGCUUUAGCGGUAUUCCAGGAAACCAGGGACCACCAGGUCAAAAUGGAUUCCCAGGACCCCCAGGAGCACCAGGACUCAAAGGCGACCCUGGCUUUCCUGGACAGCCUGGACUUUCUGGAUCACCAGGACCAAAGGGCAGUAUGGGAGAGAUGGGACUUCCUGGGCCAUCUGGUUCUAAAGGUUCCCCUGGACAGCCCGGACGCCCUGGCUCACCAGGGUCUCCUGGAUUUUCUGGACUUAAAGGUGAUAAAGGUGAACCUGGGCUUUCAGGUGUUGGUCAGCCUGGUUUAUCUGGACCAAAGGGGGAACCAGGUCCAAGUGGAUUUCCAGGAACACCUGGUGGCAAGGGGUUACCAGGAAACCCAGGUCUCCCUGGAUUACCUGGAGUUCAAGGGUCGAAAGGAGAUACAGGUCUUCCAGGAUUUCCAGGUAGUCCAGGCUCUCCUGGGCUUAAAGGAAAUGAUGGACCUCCUGGAAACCCUGGCACCCCCGGCUCACCAGGUACAAAAGGAGAUCCUGGUCGACCUGGGCAACCAGGCUUCCCAGGUGAAAAGGGCCGAGCUGGUCAAGAUGGAAUCCCUGGGCCUGCUGGUCUAAAGGGAGAGCCAGGUCUACCAGGCUUUGGCUCCCCAGGAUUGCCAGGACUUCCAGGAAAUCCAGGUCUAAAGGGUGAUGCAGGUUUCCCUGGGCCAUCCGGAUCACCUGGAUUUUCUGGACCCAAAGGAGAUAGCGGUUUCCCAGGACUUCCUGGCAGUCAAGGACCUCCAGGACCACCAGGCCUACCAGGACCUCGAACAGAGGGCCCUAAAGGAAGCCCCGGACCAGUAGGCCCUCCUGGAAGAGCAGGUCCUCCUGGCCCAGAAGGUCCACGUGGCCCCCCUGGUUUUGGCGGCAUAAAAGGUGAAAAAGGAAACCCUGGAACUCCUGGACAGCCUGGAUUCCCUGGAAGCAAAGGAGAGCAAGGGCAGCCCGGUUUCCCGGGUGAUUCUGGACGACCAGGUCUGAAUGGCAUGAAAGGUGAUCAGGGUGUCCCCGGUGUCCCAGGAUUCCCAGGUAUGAAAGGACCCAGCGGACCUCCCGGAUUGGCUGGCUUUCGAGGAGACCCAGGCAGCCCAGGUUUUCAAGGUUUACCAGGACCACCAGGUCCCAAGGGUGAAUAUCGAGAGAUCAAAGGUGCACCUGGGUUACCAGGUCCCCCGGGUCGCCCAGGAUCUAAUGGACCUCCCGGCCCACCAGGACCACCAGGGUUGCCAGGUCCUCUUGGACCACCUGGAGAUCCAGGCAGGGAUGGACUUCCUGGAUUUGAAGGCGAAAUUGGACGGAAGGGAGACAGAGGACCACCAGGUCAACCAGGUUUGCGGGGAAACCAGGGCGUUCCUGGGCCUGAUGGAUUACAGGGUCCCCCUGGAGUUCCUGGUCCUGGUUCUGUAGCUCAUGGAUUCCUCAUCACACGGCACAGCCAGUCGACAGAUCCCCCCAGCUGCCCCCUGGGCACCACCAAUAUCUACGAUGGGUAUUCUCUCCUGUAUGUUCAAGGAAAUGAAAGAGCACACGGCCAGGACUUGGGUACUGCUGGCAGCUGUCUGCGUCGCUUCAGCACCAUGCCUUUUAUGUUCUGCAACAUCAAUAACGUGUGUAAUUUCGCUUCAAGAAACGAUUAUUCGUAUUGGUUGUCAACACCUGAACCUAUGCCGGCCAGUAUGGCGCCAUUAAGAGGGCGAGAGAUACAGCCAUUCAUAAGUCGGUGUUCUGUUUGUGAAGCUCCAGCCAUGGUGAUUGCUAUCCACAGCCAGACUAUUCAAAUUCCAUCUUGCCCACAAGGCUGGGCUUCUCUCUGGAUUGGAUACUCAUUCAUGAUGCACACAAGUGCAGGAGCUGAAGGCUCUGGGCAAGCUCUAGCAUCUCCUGGAUCCUGCUUGGAGGAAUUCCGUUCUGCUCCAUUCAUCGAAUGCCAUGGCCGUGGUACAUGCAAUUAUUACGCCAACUCGUACAGUUUCUGGCUGGCAACUGUGGAAAUGGCUGAAAUGUUUAGUAAACCUCAGUCUGAAACUCUGAAAGCUGGCGAUCUAAGAACGCGUGUCAGUCGAUGCCAAGUAUGUAUGAAGAGGACGUAACACUUUGGCGAACUGGCUAACUGUGGAAGAAACCUUAGGUCUGAAUUGUCCUCUGUGACAAUGGUGCUACCGUGUAGAUAAAAAGUAAGAACCAGAUACUGUUAUCAACAAAUUCAAAUGUACCUCACCCAAGUGCCAUAUGGAGGAUAGUCUGGUGCAUUUUGACGAAUGGACUGAGAAAAACAUUGCUUCAAAGAGAGAAACCUGAGUUUUGGCAAAAAGGACGAAAUGAAGUUUUUUUUCCCAGUACCAAAUGGCACUUUUGUUUUCAUCAGCUAAAGGAGAAACGCACUGAGUAUGAUUAUAAUACCAAGGCUGCAGUUUUGAGGAAAAAAAAAAAAACAAAACAUUUUUUCCAUGGUGCUACUAACCCUUCAGUAUCUUGGGUUUCUAAAUAUAAAACCGCUAAGCUUAUUUCUCUUUGUAAGUAAUGAAAUGUGUAUAUUGUGUACAACACUUUUUUUAUUAGUUUAUCCAUGAAUUCAUUUAUGAAAAAUAAAAUUAUAAAAAUCACACUUUGGUGCACAAAUCUACACAGGUUAAUAUUCAUAAUAUAUGCAUCAGGAUUUUCUAUGUAUUUUAAGGCAACGAGGCAGUUUCACUCGUAUUUUCUGAUCAGGAAGAAUAUUAUUGAUUGUGCCGUUUGCAUUUCCCUUCUUCUGGUUUUUGAUUGGACUUUUUUGAUUUGUACCAUAAACUUACAUGUAGCCAUUCUGAUCAACAUUUUAUUGUGUAUACCGUGGACACAAUCCCUCAUAUUACUUGUGCCUCAAGAUUUGGGAUAUAUUUUUAAUGUGUGUUUUUUUACUCUAAACACAUGAAAUAAUUAGCCAUAUUCUUUAUAACAUUUUAAAUAACACAAAUGCCGAAUAUUCUAUUUUAACUGUAAUAAGAAGGCAAAGUCGGAAAUUACCAAAGUAAUUACGCCUGUGGAAAGCGUUGUCAUAUUGUUGAAAGUAGCGUGACUGAAAUAAAGAGAGAUUGGCUCAUUAUUUUCUUUCUUUUUUGGGAGAUAUAAAAAAAAAAAGUAGAAUGUCUUAAUUGAGUUAAUGUUGCAUUCCAGGACAAAAUGAUCCUCUCCGAGGCAUUGUGUAAUAGCUGAAACCAGGUGAAAUAAUAAUGUCACAUGACUGCUUGUAUUUUAAAGGUAUAAGAAGUAGCAUGACAACAUUUUAACCGUACAACAAAAGCUAUGCUAAGGGAUAGUAAGUUGGCUCCUGAUGAGCAUUAUUGUAUGGGCAUUGAAGCCCUCUAUAAUAAACACAUUGUCUGUCUGUCAAGGACUCGCUAAUAUAUAGGUCAGAGUUUUUAUUGCUGUUUAUUAAAGAUUUAAAGACUUACUGAGGCGUAUCAUCUACUCCUGUCCUGUUAAGUAAAUACCCAAAUAUCCCCAGGUUGAGCUUGGAGUUCCACUAAUGCAUCGAGAUUACAAUUAUACUUAAUGCCACCUGCGAGUUGGAUCAGCAAUUUACCCCAUAGACAAAUAAUGACAGAUCUAGUGUAGAGAGUAUAAAUGUCUUACUCAGUUAUGGAAAAAAAAAACAUCUGAUCUCACUACUGCCGUAACCUACAUUAUUAUAAACAAUUAUUUUUGGUGCAAUGACAAUUGUCUUAUACUACAUUCAUGGAAUGUGUUUGUACAUUGUGUAGCUGUAUGUUAAUUCCUAUUGAUUUGGCAAUAUAGAGUUUUUAUUACAAGACUGUUGUACUACCUCUUUGUAUUGUGUACAUGAUACGUUUUUUUUUUUUUUUUUUUGUAUGAACUGGAUAUGGCAAAGAGUUUCACAGUCUACAAGAACCAAGACAGAUUUGAGAAAAAAAACUUAUAUUUUAUAAAUAAUUUAACAUUCACAUCUUCCCUGUAAUGUUUGUUAAAAAGCAUCUCCAAAUAAUUACCAACGCUAGAGAUUGUCAAGGAAGUCCAAUGAAAGAUUAAACAUGUGUUAGAUUGUGUUUAACAGUAAUAAUAAUCUUCAAUAAAAUUAUAUAAUUCGA